ACACUCAUUCGCGUCAAAAAAGAAACAACCAUCUGUUACUCUCCUUCUAUUAUUUCCCGGGAAAAUUAACUUCCUUCAACACGUCAUCAUCAUCUUCUCCAAUUCCUUUCUCUAUAAAUCCUAGGGUUUCUUCUCAAUGGCUGAUCCCAUGAUUUCACAAUCAAAGCUCAACAUUGCAGCCUCCACGACGCCACGUCAUCAGCAUCAUCUACAUCUUGAAAACCCAACUCCACCACCGUCAUCAUCAAAGCAUGUCAAUCGUCUCCUUAAUUCUAAUCAUUAUAUUUCCCCUUCGAGACCAAUUUACUCCGAUAGGUUUAUUCCCUGCAGAUCCAGCUCAAAUUUCGGUCUUUUCAACAUCUCUUUGCCGCAGCCGUCGGCGACGGCGGGGAUCUCGCCGGGAUGUGGAGGGAAGGAGGAUAAUCCUAGUGCGUAUGCGGCGUUGCUUCGGGAUGCGCUUUUUGGUCCCCAGAAUCCUGAUAAGAAAGACUGGGGGGCAGGGGCAGCUGGACAGAAUAUUUUCCGGUACAAGAUGGAGACUAGGCAGUCACUGCACUCGCUUUCCCCUUUCGGUUUUGAUGAUAUGAGUGAUCUUGGUGUUAGUAAUGUUGCUAUUAAGACUCCUAGGAAGGUUUCUAGAUCACCUUAUAAGGUAUUGGACGCCCCCGCAUUGCAAGAUGAUUUUUAUUUGAAUCUUGUGGAUUGGUCGUCACAUAAUGUGUUGGCAGUGGGGUUAGGGAAUUGUGUGUAUUUAUGGAAUGCUUGUAGUAGCAAGGUGACAAAGUUGUGUGAUUUGGGGAAUGAUGAUGGUGUAUGUUCAGUAGGAUGGGCUCAUCGUGGUACGCAUCUUGCUAUUGGAACUAGCAAUGGAAAAGUUCAGAUUUGGGAUGCUUCCCGCUGUAAAAGGAUCAGAACAAUGGAGGGCCAUCGAUUGCGUGUUGGGGCCUUGGCCUGGAGUUCAUCUAUGCUAUCUUCUGGUAGCCGGGAUAAGAGCAUUCUUCAACGAGAUAUACGAGCACGGGAAGACUUUGUUAGUAAACUCUCUGGACACAAGUCAGAGGUUUGUGGACUGAAGUGGUCUUAUGAUAACCGUGAGUUGGCAUCAGGUGGAAAUGAUAAUCGACUCUUUGUUUGGAAUCAACAUUCAAGCCAACCUGUGCUAAAAUACUGUGAUCAUACAGCGGCUGUAAAAGCAAUUGCUUGGUCACCCCAUCUUCAUGGACUUCUUGCAUCUGGGGGUGGGACUGCUGACCGGUGUAUACGAUUCUGGAAUACAACCACUAACUCACAUCUCAGCUGCAUAGACACUGGCAGUCAGGUGUGCAAUCUUGUGUGGUCUAAGAAUGUCAAUGAACUUGUCAGCACACAUGGAUUUUCCCAAAACCAAAUAAUAUUGUGGAGAUAUCCCACUAUGUCAAAGUUGGCAACUCUGACAGGUCAUACAUUCAGAGUUCUUUAUCUUGCCAUCUCACCAGAUGGACAGGUAGUUGAUCCUCCAUUCUUCAUGACCGUACUUUCUCUUCUUAUAAUAAAUUUUAGCAGUUAUGCCAAUCAUUUCUUUUCAUUAAUGUGUCUUUUCCUGGUUGGAAUAACUAUUAUCUGUUUCAGACAAUUGUCACUGGAGCUGGAGAUGAAACGCUGCGGUUUUGGAGUGUGUUUCCUUCCCCUAAAUCUCAAAACACUGACAGUGAAAUUGGAGCAUCCUCUCUCGGUAGAACUACAAUUCGGUGACUCCAGUUGUUUGUCAAGAGUUUCUCGGCUUUGAGAAGACAGUCAGUCUAGAGUUUAUUGUGCUGUUUUAGCAUGGAAGGAAGGUGGUAAAUAUGUUCAUAACCUGGAGAUUAUGUGUGCGGGAACGAAGUUGGUCAGUUUGGUUUUCUCGAACCAACCCAGGACAAUCCAUCAGUAUGGUUUUCUCAAAUCAUCCCAGGACCUAAUAAAUCGAAAAAAGUGGGAUUAGAGGUGAUGAAUUGUCUCAUGGCUCUCAGGAAAUUACUGGUUUCCUUUCUGUUCCCCCUUUGAUUUACUAAUGUAUAGCAUAUACCAGUUAAAUGCUUCUUGCAUUGUAUAUUAACAGACAACAGCAAAUGAUGCUUUGAGGUGUUGGUUUACCGUUUACUCAUAGUUUUUGUAAAUAAUUAUUGCUUCCACAUUUCUCUAUCAUUGAAAUAUAUGAAAUAUUGCUUUGCUGGAUCCGAAUUCAGCUGGCUCGCUUAAAGAUCA